AUGUCGCCUAACGCUCUGACAGUGGAUGCAGAGCAUGGGACGAAGAAAGCAAUCGCCACCGCGAACGUGGAUGAGGACAUAAACCCCUCGAUGCCACAGAACUGGUCCACCAAGCAGAAGUGGCUCAUCUUGAUCGCUUUAUCCUUGAUGUCACUAGUGGUCAACAUGUCUCUCGUCAUCUGCACUCCAGCAAGCUCUGCCAUUGCCCAGCAAUUCAACAAUUACGACAGCUUUCUUUUGGUCUUUUACAUAACUGUUCCGAAUCUCGGUGAAGUCAUCGCCCCGCUCUAUAUUGGCCCAUUGUCUGAACGUUUCGGGCGUGUGCCGAUUUGUCACUUCUUCAAUCUCCUGUUCCUCAUAUUCACCAUGGUCACAAGCUUCAGUAACAGCCUCGCCAUGGUCAUUGUGUUCAGGUUUCUCACCGGCGCAUCUGUCGCCUCAAUUUGUCUUAAUCCAGCAAUUACGGGCGAUCUAUUUGCCGUAAAGAAGCGGGGAACCGCCAUGUCGCUCACCAGUAUGAUCCCUAUCCUUGGCAGUGCCGUGGGUCCCAUUCUGGGAGGCUACAUUACACAGUAUCUGAGCUGGCGUUGGACUUUCUGGCUCAUGGCUAUCGUCACCGCCUGUCUGUCGCUAAUCAUGGCUGCUGUGUUGAAAGAGUCAUAUGUGCCAGUAAUACGACGGAAGGCGCUUCAGAAGGACAGCUCCAACCAAGAAAAGGUCAGCUCAACAUCGAAGUACUUCACGGGGUGGAAUUGGGCAACUUUCAAAGGUCUUGCCUUACUCACGAUACGCCCUUUUGUCAUCCUAAGCAGUUCCCGAAUUGCAGUGCUUAUGGGCUUGUAUCUGUCAAUACUAUUCGGCUAUGUUUCGCUCCUUGCCGCUACCACUGCAACUGUCUUCCAGGAAGUCUAUGGCUUCUCUGAGAGUCACUCCGGCCUUAUCUAUAUUGCUUUGACCAUCGGCACGCUCAGUGGGGCUCUUAUGUGCACUUUCACUCUUGAUUACUUCCUAAUUCGCGGGCUUUCACGCACAAGUCCUGGCGAUUGUACGCCGCGUCCUGAAAACCGUCUCAUACCUAUAAUCCCGGCCAUGGUCGCCUUCCCUGUCGGCCUGCUGGUAUACGGAUGGUCCCUCCAUUAUCGCUAUCAUUGGAUCGUCCCGACCAUCGCUACUGUUCUAUGCGGCUUUUCGCUAUCGAGUAGCACUACCCCGAUUAUGAACUACCUGGUAGAUAUCUUUGGCGACCGCUCUGCCUCCGCUAUCGCCGCCGUCCUGCCUCUUCGUUAUGUCGCAGGGGCCUUUCUCCCUGUCGCCGCUCCAUAUAUGUAUUCCAAGCUCGGUGAUUGUUCAGCCCGAGAGGAUGAAGACACUCACGAGAGUUGA